AGUACCAAAGCAAUUAUUAAAAAAAACUGUUUCUUCCGGUUGCCUGGAAAAUGUAGGAGAAGAGUUUUUGAACUAGUAAAGAGGAGCAAAAGUCUUUUAACUUUUCGAGUGGUGGUGACGGAGGAGUUGUUGUUCUUCAUUUUUUCUUCGAACAGGUGAUAGAUGCAAGAACAUUGAAGACCGCCCCACUUUGUUCAUUUGGAAAUUGAAGGCUUCCUUUGUAAUAUGAAUUUUAGUGAUUGAGGGCUAAGCUCAGUUUAACAGUUGGUUUAGUGAGAUUGUUUAUCAUGUGUAUUGAGCUGAGCCAUUUUUGUUUGUGAUAUUGACCUUUGAUCAUAUUGAAACUCACGGCUUGAUCUUUGCUUGUGGGUAGAGUUUUGUAUCACUGGUAUGGACAUAACCAGUGGUGAUGAAAUCACCUGGUCUUUAACACAAUACUAUAACUGUUACAAAUCCCCGAACCUUAAUGAAGCUAUUUUGGAUGCAACCCAGAUCUCAAUUUUGAGUGAUUGGUAUGUUCUUGGAAUGCAGUUAGGGUGGGGGCAAUUUGGUGUCAUUAGAGAAUGCACGGAUAAGUUUACUGGCAAAGUUUUGGCUUGUAAGUCUAUUGCUAAAGAUAGGUUAGUCACAGUUGAUGAUGUUUGUAGUGUCAAACUGGAGAUUGAAAUUAUGGCUAGGUUGUCAGGACACCCUAAUGUUGUGGACCUCAAAGCAGUUUAUGAGGAGAAGGAUUAUGUACAUCUAUUGAUGGAAUUAUGUGCAGGUGGAGAGCUAUUUCACCGACUUGAGAAAUAUGGGAGAUUUCCUGAGAAUCAGGCUAAAGUAAUUUUUAGGCAAUUGAUGCAAGUCGUUAAGUAUUGUCAUGACAAUGGUAUUGUUCAUAGGGAUUUAAAGCCAGAAAACAUUCUCUUGGCCACAACAUCUUCAUCUUCGCCAAUCAAAUUAGCAGACUUUGGUCUUGCAACAUACAUUAAAUCUGGCCAGAAUUUGCAUGGGACAGUUGGGAGCCCAUUUUAUAUAGCCCCAGAGGUAUUGUCAGGGGGUUACAAUCAAGCUGCUGAUGUGUGGAGUGCUGGGGUUAUCAUGUACAUUCUUCUUAGUGGAAUGCCUCCUUUUUGGGGGAAGACUAAGUCAAGAAUUUUUGAUGCUGUUAGGGCUGCAGAUCUACGAUUCCCUUCUGAUUCUUGGGAUCACAUCUCUGAAUCUGCCAGGGAUUUGAUCAUGGGCAUGAUUCGAGUAGAUCCCUCCAAAAGGCUCUCUGCAGCAGAGGUUUUGGCCCACUCCUGGAUGGAAGAUUGUGCACAAGGAGCUGAAGUACCAUUCAGGCAGGAUGAUCGUGGUUGUAAAGAGCUGGAAGUGGGCAGAAGCUUUUUGUCUGCCUCAUUUAUCACUAGGAAUCAGGAUUACAGCUUCAGUGAUGGUCAAUUGGGACAGUCACCUGCAUUCACUUGUAAGUCAUCAUUUUCUACUUUGGUAGUUGAUGACACUACUCCUUGCUCUGGAUAUGGGGGUUUUUCUUUCAGCAGCUGCUGUGAAUCAACCACACCAGACUUUUCAUCUCCAAUUCCAUCGAUGCCUAGCUUUACUUUCUUCAGCCCAAGUUCUGCAGUUGAACAAGGAAACCUUUCCUUGGGAUUUAGGUCGAAACUGGAUGACAAACCUGGAGAUACAGAAUCAAACUUGGGAAAGCCAUUUGUGCUACCGGAUUCUACAUUUCCUGUUAAGCGCGAGUCAAGAGAAACAGGAAUUUGGAGAACUGGAAUCACUGGUUCAAGGGUUUCAGGCAUCCACAAUAAAAGGAAUCACACAAUUGGCCUUGGUGAGUUUGAUCAACUUAAUCUCAUGGUGACAGAAUCAGUGAUACGGUGGGCAUCAUGCACGCACAUCCCAACUGCCCCAUCUCUUAGAUUGUCACUUGUCUGUUAAAAAAUGAAAGUAAAAUGCCAGAAAUAUCAUUUAUACUGACACUGACAGAAUUGAAGGAGCAAGAAUUGGGAUAUCUGAGAAGCUGAACUCCUGGUGUACAGGGCCUGUAUUGUUUAGUUGAACUGGUGCGGUUGAGUUAUGAUGCUUUUCUCAUCUGGAAAAUAAUUUUGAGUAGCAGUUAAUUUCCUGUAAUGUGUUAGCUUUGAUGCUAGUGGUAGUAUAAGUGAACUGAAAGUGUUACAUGUUACAUGUCUGAAUAACGAUUGUUGUAAUUUGUUAUGCUGGAAUUGGAAUUUGUUUUUUUUUAA